CUUUGAUACACAACACAAAUUCUAGUAUUCGAUCCAGCAACCUUAGCUUAAACAAAAAUGGGUCGUCUGUCGAAAUUCCCAGUCGUAGCUCUGCUUUCCGUCAUGAUGAUAGCCAUGUUUGAUCUUUCCGGCGCCCAGAAUGCCCCGGCCGACUACCUAAACCCCCACAACGACGCCAGGGAUGAGGUCGGGGUUCCGCACAUGACAUGGGACAACAAGUUGGCGUCCUACGCGCAGAACCACGCCGAUUCAUUAACCGGCGAUUGCGCCCUGAACCACUCCGACGGGCCGUACGGCGAGAACUUGGCGAAGGCGUACCCCGACCUCAACGCCGCCGACGCGGUGAAGCUGUGGGUGGAUGAGAAGGAUAACUACGACUACAACUCCAAUUCUUGCGUCGGCGGGGAUUGCGGGCACUACACUCAGGUGGUGUGGCGGAGCUCCGUCCGUCUGGGUUGUGGAAGAGCUCGCUGCAAUAACGGGUGGUGGCUCAUUUCCUGCAGCUAUGAUCCCGCCGGCAACGUCUCCGGCCAGCGCCCCUACUAAUUAAGAGUAUCUUUCAAUUAUAUAUAUAAAUAAGUGAUGCAUGUGUAUCAACCAUAUAAGAAAAUACUAAGCGUGUUGUUAAAAGAUAUUUCUCUCACUAUAUAUAUGUUUUUGUUUACCAAACAAUGUAUUAAUUAAUUUAAUGAUCUCUACCUGCACUCUAGCUAA